AUGUCUACUCCCAAGGUUUUACUCAUCUUCGGCGCUGGCCCCAAAGUCGGUCUGGCCACCGUCAAGAAGUUCUCGAGUGAGGGGUACAAGGUUGCUGCGGUCUCUCGUCAUCCCUCUGAGGAGUUGAAGAAGAUCGCCGACCUCAUCGUGCCUUUGGACCUCAAGGAUCCGACUCAAAUCCAGCCACUAUUCGAGAAUGUUACCAAGCAGCUAGGACCGCCGCAUGUCGUCGUCUACAAUGCAUUUGACGUUCAGGUCGUCGACUCUACGCACCCUCUGCAGGUCUCGACGGCCCGCCUCACGGAGAGCCUGGCCGUGAAUGUAGUCUCGCCCUACACCGCAGCCGUCGAGGCCGUCCGGCGCUGGAAGGUCCUGCCCGACGACGGCACCGUGUCCAAGACAUUCCUGUUCACGGGCAACAUGUCGACCACGCAGGCCUGGCCGUUCUCGCACUCGCUGGGCAUAGGCAAGAACGGCACGGCCUACUGGCUCGAGACGGCGGCCGCCACGUACAAGGGCGACAAGCACGGCCGGUUCUACUACGUCGACGAGCGCGGCGAGGACGGCGAGAGCGUCUACCACCUGAACGACGCCGCGGCCCACGCGGACGAGUUCUGGAAGCUGAGCGAGGAGGUCAAGGGCCAGUCGCACUGGAACUGGACGUUUGUCAAGGGCAAAGGCUAUGUGCGGAACAGGGCGGCUGUGGAGAGGGAGUUCAGGGGCUGGGGUUUUGAUCUCAGUGGGUAUCCGGAGGGCGGCUUCGCGUAUGACGAGUUCAGCAGGCUGGCGGCGGAAAACGAGGAUGUCAAGGCUAAGCUUGCGGAGCUUGGCAUUCACACCUGA